AUGCAAGUGGCGACCAUAGCUGUCGCACAGGACAACAUUAGCGACACAGCGCUGGUCAGAGACAUCAAACAGAGCACCAUACAAGAUCUGAAGAAGAGAUAUACCAGUGCAGUAGAGACGAACAUCAACCCCUUGACCCCCGGUGUGGUGGAGGGCAACACUCCUCUUCCUCUGGGCUCCACGUGCCGCAGGAAGCGUCUUCGUUCUGCAGGAGAGGAGGACGAUGAGGAGGCGAGGAGGAGCUGCGCGUCCAGGCCGAACCCCGAAGGCUCGCUGUCAGCCAGCGAACUGAGCUGCUACGGCAAGCCGGAGGAGGAGGGGGAGGAGCUACAGAGGCUGUGUCAGCGCUGCCACAUCAUGGCGUCACAGCUGAAGAGACAAGCUGCUGCUCUGGCCGACUCCUCGGCCCUGAAGGUCAGCAGCAACACCACACUGUCACAACUGUCUCACACAGGUAGACCCUCAUACACUCUGAUUGCCUGGAAGGAGGAGAGGGGCGGGACUGAUCAGCUACGAGGCCUCCCGGACCUUGGUUCUGCAGCUGAAUCAGGUCAGGUGGUCCAGUCUGGUCUGGGUCAGGUGGUCUGGUUCAGUCUGGUCUGGUCCAGUCUGGGUCAGGUGGUCUGGUCUGGUCUGGUUCAGUCCAGUCCGGACCUGGCCUACGCCUCCUUCCUUUUCGAUAAGCUCCAGCGCCUCCAGUGGCCUCGUCGCAGCCGCCAUGCUACCGUCGACGCCCGCUGCGACGUCUGCGCUGCUUCCUUCCAGCAGCUGAGGCGCCUUGCACUACGUCAGGCUCUGGGCAUCAGCAGGGAGAUGACGCCUCACCCUGACACCCCCAGCGCCCCUCCCACCCCCAAUACCUGCAACCCCCCGGCCUCAGAGAGCAGCUGGGUGGGUGACGAGCUGCCGGUGAAGCAGCAGAGAUGGUUGUACGAGGGGCAGCGACAGGGGGGCGGGGCUCUGUGGGGAUGGGGCGGAGUUCAGAGCACCUACCUUGGUGGGGGCGGUGCCAAAGGGCUGGCUACAGUUACCCCCCUCCCCCUAGAUGCACACCACUACCUGGAAGGAGUGUGGAGCGUCUCCUGCUGCAGUCCUGAACACCAGCACACUACAAGGCAGGAAGCACAGAGCAGCACCAGGAGACUGGGUCCAGGGUUCCAUGGACCGCCAGGCACACCGGGACAAAUCCUGGUGCACCGACUGGAUGUUUCACCCUCCACCAACGUGACCUGGAUCCAGACUCAGACUCGAGAUGAGUCUCAGGAUCAGUCUCAGGAUCAGGGUCCGAUGUCGACACUCCUCUCAACUGUGGCCUCAGAUGGAAGUUGUGCGACCGUGAAGAAUUCGACUCAGGUUGUCGCAGUCAAACCAGCCGCCCACAGCAUCGCCACCCAGACCAGCCAACUGCCGUCUGCUGCUGCCGCCUUCUUCAUCAGGGCGGCUCAGAAGCUCAGUCUGUCCCGCAAGAAGAAGUCCCAGCCCGGCCCCGCCUCCUCGCCCAGCGAGGCCCCGGGGCCCCUGCUGUACACCGGGGGCUUCAGCGGGGCCCUGCAGCUCUCCCCGCCCGCUGUCCCACCAUGCCUCCUCCGGGCAGGGUCAAAGGUCAAGGACACGCCAGGGAUGGGGAAGGUCCGGGUGAUGGUCCGGAUCUGCUCGGUCUACAGCAGUGAGUCCUCAGAGUCCAUGUCCUUCCUCAAGGUGGACGGCAGGAAGAAGCAGCUCAGUCUCUGCGAGACGUCGGGCGGUGGACAAAGACGCUCCUUGGCCUCCGCGCCAAAGACCUUCACCUUUGACGCCGUCUUCUCCCUGGAUUCCUCACAGGCGGAGGUGUGCUCGGGGACAGUGGCAGAGGUCAUCCAGUCAGUGGUGAACGGAGCGGACGGCUGCAUCUUCUGCUUCGGACACGCUAACCUGGGUAAGACCUACACCAUGAUUGGUCGGGACUGCUCCACCCAGAGUCUGGGCGUUGCCCCGACAGCCAUCUCCUGGCUCUUUAAGGUCAUUGAGGAGCGCAGAGAGAAGGCUGGAGCUCGUCUCUCCGUCAGAGUGUCAGCCGUGGAGAUCUCUGGCCGAGAGGAGACGCUCACCGACCUCCUGGCUCGGCUGUCCUCCUCCCCCUCCUCCUCCUCCUCCUCUGGGGGCCAGCAGGAGGCCCCGGGCCCCGCCGUGUCACUGAGAGAAGACCCCGUCUGUGGAUCCCAGCUGCAGAACCAGACGGAGCUGCGGGCAAACAAUGCUGAGCGAGCAGCCUUCUUCCUGGACGCCGCCCUGGCGGAGAGGAGGAGCAGCCGGGCGCCAAGCGACCAGGAGGCCCGGAGGAACUCCCACUUCCUGUUCACCCUGCACCUCUACCAGGAGAGGCUGGACAAGAGCAGCAAGGCAGCAAUGUCUGGUCGGAGUCGGCUUCACCUCCUGGACCUGGGGAGCUGUGAGACGGACAUCAGCAGGACCAGAGAGGGGGGUGGGGGUCAGUGUCUGUCUCUGUCUGCGCUGGGAAACGUCAUCCUCGCCCUCGCCAACGGGGCCAAGCACGUCCCCUACAGGGACAGCAAGCUCACCAUGCUGCUCAGUGAAUCCCUGGGCAACAUCAACUGUCGAACCACCAUGAUCGCCCACAUCUCCGACUCCCCGGCGAACUACAUGGAGACGCUGACCACAGUGCAGCUGGCCUCCCGCAUCCACCACAUGAGGAAGAAGAAGUCCAAGUACGCCUCCAGCUCAUCUGGAGGCGAGAGUUCCUGCGAGGAAGGUCCGUCCCACCGACCCCCACACCUUCGAUCCUUCCACCCUCGGACCGUGGCCCUCGACCCGGACACGCCCCUGCUGCUCUCCAGUGAUCCAGACUACUCCUCCAGCAGCGAACACUCCUGUGACACCGUCAUCUACAUCGGGCCAGGAGGGACGGCCAUCUUGGACCGAGACCUGAGCGACAACGAGGGACCACCCUCCUUUGUUCCCAUCAUCCCCUCCCUGAACAAAAAGCGAGUCAAAGACACACCCAGGUCUGAUGGUGACCACUUCAAGUGCAACACGUUUGCAGAGUUACAGGAGAGACUGGACUGCAUCGAUGGCAGCGAGGGCCCGGCCACAUUCGGUACAGAGGGUAAAGCAGCACAAGCAGCAGCACUUAGGACUGGAGCUACUAAACCAACAGAGGUGACGUCUCAGCCCAAAUCUGAUAAGAACUCCUCCCAAAGGGUCUUAGAAAGCACACCCACCGCAUGCACAAACAAACCUGAUCAGGAACAAGAGCCUGUAGUGCGAGAGAAGGUCUACCUCAAAGGAGGUGGACCCAAGCCAUCUGCCUCACCAUCCUUACCUAGGACAUCCAGGGCAGCAUCUCAGCCUGGUGAGGUUGUUGCUAGGACUCCCCCAGUGGGUAUGAGUCAACAAGCGCUGAGGCAAGGCCAACCACUGGGGCCACGUAGUAUGGGAAGAGCCCUUCAUACAAGCAGAGGCCCCAUGGAGCUCAACAAUCUCCGGGCAUCACUGUUAGGAAGAUGCCUUGACAGGGAUUUUCUGAGGACUACAGUUACACUGCAGCAGCCCGUGGAGCUGAACGGCGAGGAUGAGCUUGUGUUCACGGUCGUAGAGGAGCUUCCUCACGGUCUUGUCCCAGACAACGGCCAUCCCUCCAACCUCCUCAGCUUCAACAGCGACUGCUCUCUGGAGGCCUUCGCCUCUGGUUCUCGCCCUGUCAGCAUCAUCAGCAGCAUAAACGACGAGUAUGAUGCUUACACAUCUCAACAAGGAGCCAUGGGACCUGGAGAUGAUGUUGGAACCUACUUCCAGGAGAUGUUUUCCCGACGUGGCAGUGAGCAGUCGUCCAUUGGCUCACGACCAAGUGAAGAGACUGCUGACUCAGCUGAAAGAGAAGAUGCUCGUUCAACAAGCAGGCUUCAGCUGAGGGACAAAAAUAUGGCAACAGAGAAUGCAUCAACACUGACCUCACCAAGUAUAUUUCAUACACAGCAAUUUUUGCAGCAUGGCAUCAAGAGCUCGCUGAACGACAGUGGAGUCUGUUUCUCAGAGCUGGACAGUAACCCUGCAACUCCAAACAAACCCUCAUUUACCAAGUGCCCUCCCUCCCCUGACUCAACCAAAGCCUCUCUCAAAGGCUCUCUCAAGGUGAGAGCCAACACUCUGAACUCUUCACUGUCAACCCAGAUUCCCCAUCACGCCUCCCAUUCCAGUCUUCCCAGGAAAACGAAGCCUACCUCAUCUGCAGGUGUGGGCUGCAGCAAACAGGAAGGCAGACACGAUGACUUUUUGCUUCAGGGAAGCAGCCACUUAGAUCCCAGAGAGGUCGAGUUUCUCUCUGCAGGUAAGCCAUCAAGAAGUGGCGUAAGCAGCGCUUCCUCUAAGAGGUCCAGAGGGAACAGUAACAGUGUACCUCGUCCACCAAAGGCACAAGUGUCGUCUUCAGGUCAGAGGGUUGUGGAUGGUUGUGAGAAGUCCAGCAGCAGGAGAGGAGAUACUCUCAUCAAGCUGCCACGACUCACCCGAGGUGCAACGACUCUAGGAACUGUUUCCAUCCCCCAGAGUUCUGAAUCCAAAUGGGGUCACGAGACCACUUCAGUGGCCGGUACCCUAAGGUUUGCUUCCUUGGGAAAGAAGUCAAAUGGCCAGAGAACCAACACCAUCUCCAAGUCUGGAUCUGGAAACAUCUCUCCAAGUGCCUUAAAAACAAGCAGCGACAUUGGGAAGUCCUCAUUCCCUAAAACAUCAACCUCGGUGGAAGAAUUCACCGCCAGGCUCCGGGCAGAUUCAUUCAGCCACCGGACAUCAAGCUUAAAAACUGAACAUGGCUCAGCCAGGACAUCAUCAAGCCUGAAGGCACGAAAAGCAGAUUCCUCCAAGUACUACGGCAGUCUGUUGUCUCUGGAGAGAUGUGACAGUCAAGCCUUUGCUGGCUCCAAGUCUGAGCUGUUCAGGGACAGCAGUGCUGCUGCUGUAGGAGGUAACAGCAGGUCAAAUAGAUCAGUGUCAAGACUUGGGGUUCCAGCCUCUACCUCCACAUCUGCUUCUUCCUCCCAAGUUUCUCCUGGUAUCUUUGCAACCACAAGCAAACUGGGGCAGGUCCGAGUCAGCGGCAGCUCCCGAGCAGCAGUUUCUGGUGGGUUGAAGGUUCGAACAUUGUCUACCAGCAGUUCCAAAAGCCUGAGCUCCUCCCCAAAACCUCCUGAUAAUGCAGCUGGACGCAACCCCAGCCUACCGCUAACCAGUAAGUCCCCUGCUCGCUCUGGGAUAGGAGCCAAGACGGGAAGAGGCACCAUCAUGGGCACGAAGCAGGCCAUCAGCAGGGCGGCUAACAGCAGGGUUAGCGAGCUAGCUGCUGGGAGCCCAAGGAAACAGCUCAGUAGGGGGCAUGGACUGACAGGAAGUGAUGCCACUGACAGCGGUACUAGUAGUGUCAGUGGUUCACCAGUCAACACACCAAUACCAUCACCUUACAGCAAGAUCACUGCACCUCGGAGGCCCCAGCGCUACAGCAGCGGGCACGGCAGCGACAACAGCAGUAUCCUGAGCGGGGAACUGCCCCCCGCCAUGGGCCGCACCGCCCUGUUCUACCACAGCGGGGGAAGCAGUGGCUAUGAGAGCAUGAUCCGAGACAGCGAGACCACCGGCAGCACUUCUUCGGCACAUGACUCCAUGAGCGAGAGUGGCGUGUCCUCGUCCAGCAGGAGCAGAGUCUCUAAAUCGCCAAAGAAGAGAGGAAACGGUUUCCUGCGGCGGCGUCUGAUCCCAGCUCCUCUGCCGGACCCCUCCUCCCUCUCCAGGAAGGUGGGGGGUCAGUGGGUGGACGUGCCCCCGCUGGGCGGCACCCUGAAGGAGCCCUUUGAGAUAAAGGUGUACGAGAUCGACGACGUGGAGCGCCUGCAGAGGGGGAGGGAGGUGGUAACGGGGUCAGAGGGUCUGCUCUACUUCAACGCCCGGCUCAGGAUGCUGGAGAGGCGGCAGCAGCAGAUCAGAGAGCUGAGGAGCAAACACGAGCGGCUGAAGGUGGAGCUGGAGGAGGCCAAGAGCCGGCUGAUGCUCCGCCCGGACAGGUGGAGCGGAGAGUUUGACGUGGACCAGGGCCUGGACCGGGAGUCCCAGGAGUACCUGGAGGCUCUGGCUCAGGCCACGGCGGAUCUGGAGUACUGCGUCAACCUUUGCAAGUCCCACGUCAUGAUGGAGACCUGCUUCGACAUCGCCGUGACGACAGCCGCCGCCGUGCAGGGAGGUCAGCAGGAGGUGGAGGUGUGA